AGCGGUGGGAGAGUCUUCAGCGGCUCUAGCAGCACCUCCGCCUGCCUGUGCUUCAACACACACACACACACACACACACACACACACACACACCAUUUCCCCGGCGGGGACUGAGUUCCUAAAGUGCCCACAGGGCGCCCUCCGGAGCAUGCAGCGCCCUCCUUCCAACGUGACUAGGGGAGAGAUGGCCUGAGCGGCUGAGGGCCAGCUUCCUUUCAGAAGGACCGGAUCGCUGCCUUUGGGAGCCUCCAGGGCUCCUACCCUGUGCUUUUGUCUGCACGCUGUUGGCAAACUAACCUUCCUGAGCUAUUGUCUCCAUCGAGUGCUACUCUGCUGCAAAGCGCUCCUUGCUCUGCCACUGUCUCCAGCAGAGCCUCACAAACUUUUUAGCAGAUUUUUGGGUGACUCCUCCACAUUCUGGAGUUUGAGAUGCUGUCCGCAGGUGCUGGCACUGGGAAAUUUCCACCCAGCCCGCCAGCUCCUGCCAGAUGCUCUCUCACUACCCAAUCCCACCUUCUAUGCACUCUACUAUGCUCCCCCUCCAAUUUGUCAAAGUAAGAAACGUUCAAACCUGCAGAGAAUUUGUGUGAGUUUAUUUGAACCAAACUGAUGACAAUUGCCAGGGAGAAAAACCUCAACGGAUUGAGAAAAAUGCUCCGAAAAGUGGCAGUUCUGCACCCUGCUUUAUACAUUAUAAUCAAAAGAGAAGACAUAAGUGGAUUACAUGAAAUCCAUUGGCAAUAGAUUAGGGAGGUGGGAGAAAGCAAAGGUGGGGGGUGGGGGGGAGAGAGAAACUCUGGGAUUGGAUAAAAGGUAAAAUGAUAGACACACACUUCUUUUACAUAGGUGGGUACAGAAUAGUUAACAGUCAACAAUUUCAUGAUUGCCCUGACUGUAUGGCUCAUUUAGUUAAGCAUUGCCCCAUGCACAGAGAGGUUACCAGUUUGGGCACAUGCCCAGGUUGUUGGCUUGAUCCCCAGUAAGGGACUUGCAGGAGGCAGCUGAUCAAAGUUACACGUGCUCCCUCCCUCUCCCUCUAAAAAUAACCAAAAAAAAAAAAAAUCAAUGAAAACAUUUUAAAAAUAAAUUUUUAAAAAUCCCAUUAUCAUGAUAAUAACAGUGAGGAAAUUUGUAGUCUCUGUUCUGGUGUGGCUGUUGCACCCAAAAGGUCCAGAAAAAGGGAAAUUACCUUGACAUUCCAAAGGUAUGUUAUCAUAGAUGCCAACAGACAAUAAACAGGCUCAACUAAGGUAAAAGACUGACCUUUGUGCCCUAGCCGGUUUGGCUCAGUGGAUAGAGCAUUGGCCUGCGGACUGAAGGGUCCCGGGUUCAUACCGGGUCAAGGGCACAUGCCCAGGUUAUGGGCUCAAUCCCCACUAGGGGACGUGCAGAAGGCAGCCAACAAUGAUUCUCAUCAUUGAUGUUUCUAUCUCUCUCUCCCUCUCCAUAUCUCUCUGAAAUCAAUAAAAAUAUAUUUUUAAAAAAGAAACAAAAAGAUUGACCUUUGUCAGGGAAGAUUCUAGCCUAGGACUUGAUUACCCACCACAAACUGCUUUUAGUUAAAAGUUUUCAUUUCAGACCAUUCUAUGUGGUUAUUUUAGGUCUCUGAGUAGGUAAGGCCACCACACAGGCCUCCCCUGAUCUUGACAGGUUUAGUAUGUGGCCCCUUUUCAUCUAAAAAUUGUACUCCCAUGUCUAUUCUAUUCUUCAAGCUAUAAAGUUGGCAGACAGUGGGCCCAAAACUGCAGUUGUAUUUGGUUUAGCUUAAGUGGGCUUUUAAAAAUUCUAAUUUUUCUUUUUUUAUAUAUUUUAUUGAUUUUUACAGAGAGGAAGGGAGAGAGAUAGAGAGUUAGAAACAUCGAUGAGAGAGAAACAUCGAUCAGCUGCCUCCUGCACACCUCCUACUGGGGAUGUGCCCGCAACCAAGGUACAUGCCCUUGACUGGAAUCGAACCUGAGACCUUUCAGUCCACUCUAUCCACUGAGCCAAACCGGUUAGGGCUCUAAUUUUUCUUUUCCUCUUCUUCCUCUUCCUCCUUUUCCUCCCCUCCCUCUUUCUAUUCUUCCUCUUCCUCUAUUUCUCUUGAAAUAUCAGAAGAUCUAACAAGAUGGACUCACAUUCCAGCCUGGCACCAAAGGCUGGCACAUCAAUUUGCCAUAGUUCCCACCAAUCCCUAUUGUCUCACAUUAAUUUUCUUUUCAUUUUUUAUUAACUUCAGAGAGGAAGAGAGAGAUAGAAAUAUCAAUGAUGAGAAUCAUCCAUUGGAUGCUUCCUACAUGCCCCCUACUUGGGAUCAAGCCCAAAAUCCAGGCAUGUGCCCUGCCCAGGAAUUGAACUGUGAUCUACUGGUUCAAAGCUCGACCACUGAACCAUACUGGCCUUCUCACAUUAAUUUUACCUUCUGGAUCUGUGAAGAUAUUUGAUUUCAUAUACCUUCCUUAUGCUACCUUCACACCUGGAAUGCCCUUCCUACUCUCCUCUCAUGGGCCAAACUCAUCCUCCCUUCAAGAACAAGGGUGGUCCACAACAGACAUUUUUGCAUGAGAUUUGGAGGGUAGAAGAAAACAGUGGCUAAAUUGGUUUUUACAGCUGCAAGGUCUGGAGCUCCUGCCUAUCCUCUUUGUUGCUGAUCUGCUGGCUCAUCUCAUUGGCAGGGUAGCACCCAGGCCCAUAACUGCUCCACCUUGCCCUGGAUCCUCCUUCAGCCUCUCUGACUCCUGAGCCAGAUAGGAAAGGGCCCCGACUUCUCCAGCACGACACCCAUAUCAUCAAAUUUGGAGGCAGUGGGAACUAAGAGAGCAAGAUGGGUCACCAGCAACUCUACUGGAGCCAUCUGAGGAAAUUUGGCCAGGGUUCUCCUUGCUGCGGCUGCUCAAACCGCCACACUGUGAUCUGGAAAUACGGCCUCAACAUGUGUCGCCAGUGUUUCUGGCAGUACGUGAAGGACACAGGCUUCAUUAAGUUGGACUAAGUGAACUUCAUGAAUGGGUCAUUCAAGACAUCUAUCUUAUGACAGAAUGCUCUUUUUGUACAUAAAAUAAUUUUUAAAAAAUACAGAAAAGAGUGGAUAAUCUGCUUCCUCUUUAUAUUAAAAAAGAUGGGGGUAAGAUAGCAAUAAAUGUGCAUAUUUGCUUGUAUUCACAUUAAGAUACUAUGGAAGAAUAUGCAAAAACUAAAGAAAAAGGUUAUCUAUCGGAGGUGUAGGGGACCAAGGAGAGUUUUCACUUUUUAUGUUUUUGAAAAAUGUAUAUUUUAAAUAUUUUUAUUGAUUUCGGAGAGGAAGGGAGAGGGAGAGACAGAAACAUCAAUGAUGAGAAUCAUUGAUCGGCUGCCUCCUGCAUGCCCCCCACCAGGGAUGGAGCCUGCAACCUGGGCAUGUGCCCUGACCAGUAACCGAAUCAGCGACCUCUUGGUGCAUGGGUCGACGAUGCUCAACCACUAAGCCACACCAGGCGGGCUUAUAUGUUUAUAAUGAUGUGUUUGAUCUAUUCAAAAUAUUAAGUAACAAAAAAUGUUAAAUGCCUUUUUACAUGCCUUUCCCCUCCUAGGAUUGUGAAAAUGGGAUACAAAUCUUGUUUUAUAGUCAUCCUUUUGUUCCUGGUAUUUAGUCCAUAGUAGACACUCAAUAAACAUUUGAGGAAUUAAUGAAUGAAUGAACCAGAAGAAAUCUGAUUUAGUGUGGAUCAGAAAGGCGAUAGGGGAGUGAGGAGCAGAGUGGGAAAAAUAUGGUAGUGGCUGUCAGAAGGGAAGUUUAGAGAACAAGAGAGAUGUUUAAAGAAGAGUUAUAGACAUAAUGUGUGAUGUAAUCCACCUUCAUAUUUGUUCCCAAGAAACAUUCAAUAAAAGUCUCCACUGCUUUUGGGGUUUGAUCUGUAGGGUUUUGAGAUAUUAAAACAGACUCAGGCAUAUCUGGAUGGUAGGAAUAGGGUGGGGGGACUCAAGGAGGAAGAACCUCCAGGACCUGGCCUAGCCUCUGCUAAUGGAGGAGGUCAGCAGACUCUUAAGGGGGUAACCCCAAUCGCUGAACCUGCAUUCUGGGUCCAUUGUUCUCCUGUCAGGCAGAACCAUGCCCUACCCCACACCCUGAUCCUCAGACCCCCUCUACAAACCAUGCCUUCCAGCUCCACACACAGGAGCAUACAAAUAUGGUCCAUGGAUGAAAGGUUUAAAGAACAGAACACUGAAGACCCAAUGCAGAUGAUGGAGAGAGAACAGUGCUAGACUGGGUCAAUAUGUGUGCAGGGCUGCGGUUAAUUUGGGUAAGACAGAGGGCCAGGCUGCAGCCAGUGUUUAACCUAAGACCAGGCUGAGUGCAAGGGAAGGGCACAGACCACGGUCAUGAAUAGUUAUCAGUUUUUAUUUGUAUUAAUUUAGGAACUCAGGUAAAUAGAAUUGGACACCACAUAAUCCUUGUUUGUUUUUUAAUGGUUCAGAACAAUAAAUAACCUCACACUUUCUCCCCAGUUGUCCAUAAAUAGCCCAUUUGUGAACACUUGUAAACCCACCACUUGCCCCAAGAACUAAAACAUUACAAAUAACUUAUAUCUACUAAUGUGCCUCUUGCAUCUCUGCCCUCUGCUUUCUCUCAGAAGUAACCCCUAUCCUAGAUUUUAUCUUCUGUUGCUUUUUCCUCCUUGUAGCCAGCUUCUAAAAUGGCUCCCAUUGAUCUCUCCCUCCUGGUAUUCAAACCUAUGUGUUCCUCUCCCCUUGAAUGUUGGCUGGAUCUAGUGACUUAUUUCAAAUAUAUAGAAUAUGACAGAUGUGAUGGAUGUCACUUCUGUAAUUGCAUUAGAUAAGACUAUAACUUCUACCUUGCCAGCAUCUAACUCUCUCCCUUGCUGGAUGACGUGGAAAUGAGGGGAGCCACCAGCCAACAACCAGCAAGAAACUGAAGCCCUCACUCGAACAGUCCACAAGAAACUGGACUCUGUCAACAACCAGAUGAACUUGGAAGUGAGCCCCUCCCCAGUCAAGCCUUCAGAUAAGACUACACCUCUGGUUAACAAUUUGAUUGCAGCCUGUGAGAAACCCUGAGGCAGAGGACCCAGCUAAGCCAUCCCUGGACUCUUGAGCAACAGAAAAUAUGAGAUAAUAAAUGCUGUUUUAAGCCUU